AUGAAGCUCAAGCAUCAUUAUCAAAUCAACACAAAAACGAAUUCAAAGACCGCCAAAGAAGUCUUGGACUACUCCUGUUUGAUAAAAUAUGUUCAUUCCAAUGCUGAGUGGCCUUCAACUGGUACAACCCAUGGUACGUCGAAAACGCUUUUUGGCCAUUCCAACCAAUCUUCUGGCCCUAAAACAGUCAUCAUCAAACCAAAUAGCUUAUUUUUCUUGCAAAAAGAAAAAAAAACUACUGGAACCAAUCCAUUAGACAUCGCAUUGAAUACCGACAUGAACAAUCUAAAAAGUUCAUUAGAUGAAGCCGUGAUCAAUGAAGAGAGGUCACCAAAAAUGGAGAAGACCGUAGACGUAGAAAAUGCCAAUUAG